AGGGGCAUGAAUUGCUCUUUUUCGGCAGGAUAACGGGUUUGAAGGGAAAGUGAAAGCAAAUCAAAAAGGAACCGAAGCGAGGCAAAGUAAAGGGCCAAGAGAAAGCGUUUGGAACGGAAUUUAAGCGGGCACCUAAGCCGAGUGUUCGCCUGCUGGAAGCGGGCAGAGAUCCGAGAUCGCUGUUGGAAGGUUGUUUACCAGAUUCAGAAUCGCACAGUAUAUCGUAACAAGAAAGGCCGAGAAUGGCUUGAGAACGCUCUACGUGAAUAAAGUCGGUGUUCUAUCAAAGUAGUAACAUCAAUAAUAAAACGGACGUACACGUGUUACAUCAAAAGAGCGAAUGGCGCAGACGUAAAUUGAAAUGAAAUGCAACUAACUUAUUUUCAUAACGGAUUACCUUUUGCAAGAGUUUCUUGAAAUAUUCUGAACAAACUACCGAGUGGCGAGCAUUGUGGCUUCAUUUUCUUAGAUGAGAAUGUCAUUAGCGCAGAGGGUUCUGAUGACCUGGCUCUUCACCCUGCUUUUCCUAAUUGUGUUGGUGCUGAAACUGGACGAUAAAGCUCCAUGGAACUGGUUCCUCAUCUUUAUUCCGCUCUGGAUUUUUGAUGCUAUUCUUUUAAUCAUGUUAAUUGUAAAGAUAAUAGGAAGAUGUAAAUCCGGCUACGAUAGGAAUGGUACCAACCUAAAGAAGGAGGUUUGGUACUUAUGUGCUAUGCUGCUUAAAUUAGGCUUUCAGCUGGCGGUGUGCGCAAGAUUGGAGCAAUUUGCACAAAUGAAGCUCAGUUUUAUUUUUAUACCCCUUUGGCUGUUAGUAAUCGGAGCGAUUGUUGAUUUAGGGUACAAUACUUAUUCUAUGAGGCAAGACUGAUGAAAACUAACGCAGAGUGAACUCUUCAUUUCCGGCCUAGAAACUGCUCCAUCAUGUGGCUAUUAAUUGAAAUAGCUGGAAUAGGAGCAAAAGGAAACCUGCGACAAUCAAGACAUCCAACAUAAAACGGAAAUUGCUGGAAGAAACUGACGGGGCGAACAGCUCUGUUUGAUAGAAAGUCAUCGCCUCCGAUUCUCUUACAGAGACGUAGUUUGCCCUGCAGAUUAUUCCCAGCAUUUACUGUUGGUACUAAAGCAUGGGUAAAUCGUGAUAUAUUCAUCCUUUUAUGUCAAAAUAACUCCAUAGGACUUCAAACGUUAUUCCUUAUAACAAUCUCACCCGUGCAUUGUGAUGUCAUCGUGGUUAUAAAAGUAAAUGUGAAUGUUUUUAUAUAAACACCCUGUAAAUUAAUGACAGGUUGCCACCACACCUGCUAUUUGUUCCAGGCAAAAGCCGUUUGUGUUUUAUGCAACUGAAAUUCUUCCUUUGACUUGUUAAGUUGAAAACAAACAGUAUAUAUUUACAUAAGCAUGAUAGUUCGGUUAUCUAGAGUAUAUGUUUCCUUCUUAGGGAUAUACUUUAAUUAUAAGAUUCAGAUUGGCAUUCCUGCUACCCACAAGCUUUGGUUGUGCCAAUAAGACGGCCACAUAUAGCAAAAACCAGAGACUGGAAAUCUUUAAAAAAAAACAGAAAAUAUAGAAAAUGCUCAGGUCAACAGCAGCUGUUGUGUGGGGGAACAUUAUUUUUCCUGGCUGAUUAUAGGGAAACCUGUUGUAAGGACACAGGCCACCUGCAAGCAAAUGUGCAGUUUAAAUUUGCAUUAUAUUCAGUACAGACAUUAUGGACAGAUGCUGAAGUUCUGUUAUAAGUUGCAGAAAAAGAACAGGACUGCUUGUGCCAUAUUUAGGAGUUAUAGCACAAUCUGCAUCUUAGAGAAGGUAGCAACAUUGACAUCCAUCUUGUACAUAACAAUGUUGUGAACUUUAGGAAGCAUAUAAUUUCAGUUCAAGGGGAUCUACAUAUUUGCCAAUACAUAACUGCACACAUCUUUCUGAUUUUAAAACCAGAAAUUAUCUGCCACUUUGCAUAUUUUGUAACUAAAACAAGCAACCAUACUUGGGUUGUAAAAGGUGUAACUAUUGUCAACUAUUUAACAUGCACCAAUUAUUGCAAUACAUGAAGUAAAAGCAAAAAAUUAGGUUUGCUGAUUAGAGCAUGUCAGGAAGAUACUUGCUUGGAUUACCAGUACUGCCAUGAGUCAAAUUUCAGAAAUGGCACUUGCAGAAGCGCAAGUCCUAGCCUUGUAUAAAUGCUACAUUGUAAUGUCCAUGAAAGACCAUUUUCUCCCUAAAAUUGACAGUUUCACAUUAUGUAAGAACAUAAAAUACAAAAUUUCUUAUUUUCAAGUACUGUACUUGGAAUAACUUCCAGUAAUUUUUUUAAAAAUAUAAUGUAGAAGUGAUCACCAUCUUUAAAUCACUUUUGUUAACAUUUCAGUUUGGCUUAAACCAAGACUUUCAAUGGACUAUUUUCACCAGAUUCAAAAAUUUUCCACCUGACGUAUUCAAUCAUAUUUGGAGCAUUGCAUAGCCAAAGAAAUAAAAUUGUUUUCAGUAACUCAACAACUUUAACUGGAUUGAAGCAGGACUUUUCUAAAUACCAAAAAGUCUAUGAAUCGGGUAUCCCAUUCUGUUUGCUCACCAUUUACUAACAUUAUGGCCAAUAGUGUACUCCCAUCCUGACCAUGUAUCACUUGAUUCACUUAAGAAUUAAAUCUCUCUUCUUUAUGAGUAGCUCUAGAUACUAUAAAGCAUCUUCCUCAUCUUUGUCUUAAAUGGGCAACUGUUAUUCUGAGACAACGCCUUCUGAUCUUGAGACUCUACCAUGUCAGGUAGAAACCUCCCAGUAUUUACCGUCUUGAGUAUUCGAACAAUCUUUCUAUCAGCUUAUAUCUUGUGCUUUUAAAUACCAAUGAGUGCAGACCCAGCCUAUUCAAUAUUUCCACAUUCUUUGAAGCAUCCUGCUGAAUCUUAAAGGGACAUUGUGCACAAUAAGUGAUGUAACGAAUGCCUAGUACAAUUGUAGCAAGACUUCCGUACUUUUAUACUCCUGAGUCCUUGAAAUAAAAAUCAGUAUUCCAUUAGCUUUCCAAAUUGCCUGCUGCACCUGCAUACAUUCAUGUCAUCUCUAUCACAUGAAUAAGGAGCCCAAAUUCUGAGUUUGGCAUUUAAAUUAUCUAUUUUAUCAUUCUUCCACCCAAACUCAAGAAAAUUCCAUCUUCACCAUAUUACUUUGCCAAUAUCAAUUUCCCUUUGUAACCCAUUUCCCUCACAACUUGCCUUUCUCCAUUGCCACUCCAUCCCAGCAACUUAUUUUGUAUUAUUUACAUAUUUGAUUACAGCAUAUUCACUUCUUCUUAAAUGUAAUCGCUACAGACCCAACAUUGAACUCUAUGGCACUCCCAAUAAGUAUCCACGGGGGGGGCCGCAGAACCAAUAAGGAGGGAUUCUGAAUUCCAAAAUGCAACUGGCCCCAAGGAUUUCGGAUAAGGGAUUGUGUACUCAUUGUUAAUGAAGCACUUUCUUGAAUAUCUGCCACAUCUUUGUUUGCCAGUCUUCUAUCCAUGCUAAUAUUCUUAAAUGCCCUUUCAGAUAACAUAUCUUCUACACAAAACUUGAAUGUGCGCAAUGAUCAAGGCUACUCUAUCAGAUUCCAUUCUUUGGAAAAAGCAAGAAAAACCAGUAUUGUCAGAGUCAGCAAAUAGCUGAGCAGUAAGUGUUCAAUAAAAUUGUUACAUUUGUACACUUUUCUCUGGUAUUUCUUUGCAUUUAAAAUAAACAUUUCAUAAAAUGCUGAACAAUUUGUGGU